AAUAUAAAACAUUUGAUCCGCUGCCUUCAGUGAUACAAGACGCAUAAGUUUAAUACAGCUUAAUCUUAAUAUUAACUAGUGUUGUGUAAGUGACGAUUGUAAAUAUUAAGUUUUGCAAUAUUAAAUACCAUUGUUAUUUAAAAUGCCAUCAGACGUAGUUUCGGAGUUCCCACUCGAAGAUGAGUACAAGAAGACUACUGGUAUCACUCCUCAGGAUAUCGCAGAGCUUCGGAAAUGGCUCCACACACAGCCACAUCUACCUGGGAAAUAUAUAACAGACUUAGACCUUAUUCUGGCAUACCACUGCUGCGACCGAAGUUCUGGAGUUACCAAGCAAGUCCUGGAUCUGCACUUCACACUGCGUACACUCUUCACCACGUACUUCAAAGAUCGGAAAGUGGAGGAUAUGGAUCAGACUAUGCAAUGCUUACUAAUGACACUUCUUGACACACGUUCAAGAGACGGAUCAGCGAUCUGGUUUACUCACUUCAUGGAUCCAGAUCCGAAAGUUUUUAACUUCGGGCAAGCUAUUAGGGCUGUACUCAUGUUGCUAGACCUGUGGCAGUACGAGCAGGGUACGUGGCCUGGCUUCGUUAUUGUGAUUGACUUUGAGCACAUGAGUCUGGGACAUCUCGCCAAACUGGAUCUUCAGAAUAUUCAGCAGUUUUUGUACUAUCUACAGGAAGCUAUUUUAGUGAAACUAAAAGGCUUACACUUCAUCAACGCGCCAUCUUUCAUAGACAAAAUACUGUUAAUGAUGAGGCCAUUUAUGAAGAAGGAGCUUAUGGAUAUCCUCUGCGUGCACCAAGUCGGCUCCAAAACUUUAGACAAAUACGUACCAAUGGAAGCAUUGCCGUCUGAUGCUGGAGGAAGUUGCAAGACCACUAAAGAGUAUCAUGAAGCGGCAAUUGCAAAAAUGAACGCCAAUAAAGAAUACUUCAUAUUUGAGAACAAGAAGCGAGCGGUAGAGGCACUUCGGCCCGGAAAGCCUAAAACUAUUUCGGACAUCUUCGGUGGUGUUGAAGGGUCAUUUAAAAAACUUGAUAUCGAUUGAUGCUUGUUUACAUUUGUAUGGGAGUUUUGAAAAACAUUACUUGUAUUAUUCUUAGGUUAAUUAUAAUUUUAAAAUCAAUGAACAUAGCAUUUUUUUCAAAGA